AUGUUAGUCGAAGAGUUCCAGCAAGGCGCUUCGCCACGCAAUUCUCACGCCGAUCCAGCGCGUAUUGGCAAUCUUUUUGCCGCACAAGUCGCCGCUUUCAAGGCCACAGGACAAAUUCCCUUCAACAUAAGAUUGCCACCUCCUCUGCAUUUAGUCAAUCAGCUUUUGGGCUACAUCUACUGCUGCUUUGUCAUUUCGCAAACACUUUGCUUGGGUGUGCUCUACUUGAAGUGCUCUUACGAUAUGUUACUCGGCGGCACAUUGGAAGAGAUUACCGAUGCACUCACUAUGACAAUAAUCUUUUGGUUUAGCGUUUAUGCUGCUUGCUAUUGGUUGUUACGUUCGCGUCGCUUAAUGAAAUUCUUGCAGUAUAUUAAUCAACAUUAUUGGCAUCACUCGCUGCCUGGCCUGAGCUUUGUUAGCUGGCAUCACUCAUAUGUGCUGGCCAAGCGUUUGACAAUUGUUUGGACCAGUGUGUGUGUGGCGGGUACGGUGUUGUAUGGAUUGGCGCCGCUGGUGAUGGGUGUACGCUUGCUGCCAUUGAAUACUUGGUAUCCCUUCGAUCCAUUGCAACCUUACAUCUAUCAGCUGCUUUAUGUGCAGCAGUUGUUGGCGCAGAUAAUAAUGGGUGCCACAUUUGGCAAUGGCUCUGCUUUGUUUGUCUCAUUGGUUAUGCUCAUGUGCGGCCAGUUUGAUGUGCUCUAUUGCAGCCUGAAGAAUUUGAGUUACUAUGGGCGUUUACGUGCUGGAUACGAAAGUGAAAAAUUGCG